AUUGAAGGACAUACCUCUACUCAGCAUGAGUUGGCCGAUUCUGGGUGGCGCUGCCAGCGCCGCCUGCCGGCUGGGCAGUGCUGCCCUCCCGCGGCGAGCGGUGGCAACUAGUGCGCCGCUGCAGCGCCGUUUCCCGCGCGCCAAGCUGCCGCUGAACACGGAGCGGCUGAACGGCACUGAGCGGGUGUCCGUGCUCGUGCCCCGGCUGCCCGACCUCUCCCGAGGGGUGCCGCAGGACGACGGCGGUAUUCGGUACCACGGCUUCACAUACUACCCGCGGGUGCCCGGCCAGCCGGAGCCGGCCGUCACGCCGGCCAAACUGCACCGGAUCGAGCUGAUCGCGCCGCUCAAGGGAGAGCCCUACUGGGUGAAGGACACGUGUCGCCGGCUGGGCGUCCACUCGGUG